ACCCUGUGCCCAUCCAGUCGUAACAAGCCGGGUUGACAGAUCGUAGUCUUAUUCCGGAUCUCCGUCGCGUCUAAUGCGCCUGCCACAGAUGUUCAAGGGCAUCCGUGAUGUUGCUGCUACUGUUUUCGCUGUCGUACCUACCUGGAGUCAUCACCGUCAAUAGCGAUGUUUUAAUGGAUGGCGAUGCGGUCCUUGGCGGGAUGUUCAUGGUACAAAACUAUAAAGGGGGAUCAUGUGACAGUAUAGUUCAAAGCUCCAUACAGACGCACGAAGCAAUGAGAUGGUUCUUUAAGAAACUAAAUGACAGAAACUACAUUCAAAAUGUUUCACUCGGUUUACAUGCAUACAAAACCUGCGGCCAGCCCCCUCUGGCGGUAAAGGCAACCAUUGCAAUGAUGAACAAAUGGAAUGGUAUAUCUAAACUCCAAGGUGUUGCGGGGCCUGAAUUCAGUUCAGAAACCCAGUCCGUGUCUCGUCUACUGAGUUCACUACCUGAGGAAGAUCGUCUGCUGCAGAUCAGCUACGCCGCCACAGCCGCCAUUCUCUCUGACAAGAGUAUUUACAAAAACCUGUACCGGGUCAUAGAAACGGAUGAUAUACAAGUAGACAUUAUGGUUCAGCUGAUGAAGUCACUCGAGUGGAACUAUAUUGCCAUCGUGUAUGAUAAUGACACGUACGGCAGAGAAGGAGCCGAAUCGCUGAAAUCUGCGGCAGAGAGACAGGGUAUAUGCGUACCAGUGUACGUUUCUAUAUCUCCAGGAUCCGGAAGCGAAGAACAGCGAAAACGUUUUCAGUCAAUUGGUGAUAAGCUUGAACAAGAAUCAGAAUCGCCAGUCCUUGGUUUGGCUUUUUUCGGCCAUGCUGAAACAGCAAAAACGAUGUUUGAUUUCCUUGACAUCAAGCUCAGCAUCUUCCAGAUGAUAGUGUCUGAGUCUAUUGGUGAUAGUGAAUCUUAUUUGAUGACGUCCGACGGAAGCGUGUACCCAUUAGCCAAAGGACUUCUCACGCCAAGUCCUCCAUACUAUGAUGUCACGCUAUUCAAAUCACACUGGCAGUCGAUUCACACCGAUGCUACUGCAAUGUUAGAAAGCAUACAAAAUAAUGAUUGGCUGUUGAAAUACAUGGAACAAGUAAGCGGGUGCCCUUUGACAAAUGCAACAGAUGUUCCACUAAACUGUCUUCAACAGUCCACAGCUUCAGUACCACGUAUUUCCAUCUACACCAACUACGCUCUGAUGGCCGCAGCCGCCUUUGCAAAGACGUACAAGACCUUAUAUGAGAGGAAGUGUCCUCAGCAAACAGGUACUAUAUGUAAAGAGCUUGAGGAUUAUAUCGCCAACAAGGCCAAAUUUACUGAGGAAAUGGCUUCAGUAGAAGUCAACUCUGCCGCUGAGUUUACAGAGCUGUCACCCUUUCGGUUAAAGUUUGGAUUCAAGAACGGAGAGAUUUUGUAUAAGGAAAGUGGAAACUACUCGACCUACAUCGUGUACAACUACCAGAAAUGCAACACUGGGUUUUGCAAUGUACAGGUUGCAGACUAUAAUGGUUCAAAGGUGAAUGUAUCCAAGGAGAGCAUAAGGUCCUACACAAGUGCUGGUGAUGAGGUGAUGGGGCCCGUAGCAGCACAGUGUCAACCGACGUAUACAUGUGAUAUGUGCAGUCGUAUCAUCACCCCUGCAGAUGUGUUAUACAUUCCUGGAGACUACUACAUAGUGGGGCUUGUCCCCAUCCACAACAAUAAACAAGGCGACCUUCUACAGUGUGGUGAACUGAGGACAGCCGACAGUGUUGAUAUUGCCGAAAGUAUUUCCUAUGCAGUUAAGAGAGCCAACUCGCAGAAAACUACGUACAGAUCGGCUUUUGGGGGAAAAACUGUUGGACUGGUUCUGAUUGACACUUGCAAUAAUCCGUUCAGGGCUAGAGAACAAAUAAUACAGUUGCAUCGAGGUGAACUGAAAUUGAUGUCAAAUUUAAACAGUUCCCUGAUUGUUGAUAAAAUAUUUGGAUACGUUGGGCCAUACGCCAGCUCCGUCUCUGUCCCGGUGUCGACUCUCUUGGCCGAAAUAGAUAAGCUUUUAAUUGCCUAUGCUGCAACCUCCGUUCUUCUCAGUGACAAGUCCUUGCAUCCUACCUUCAUGAGAACAUGUUCUCCUGACAAUAAGCAAGCUGAUGUUAUUAUGGAUCUUGCUAACACUUUGGGCGCCAAGUAUGUUCAAAUAUUGUACACAGAUGAAGUGUAUGGCAUAACAGGAAAGGAAGCACUAGAAAAGUCCGCAAAGACUCGCAAAGUUUGCAUCGCUCAAUCUCUGAAGAUCCCGGACACGACUGUUGCUUCCAGUUUUGUUGGCUACGUUUCUGCGUUGAGGCAAUUUUGCCAUGCUAAAAUGGUUAUCGUCUUUGUGCGGUCUCAUGUGACACCCAUUCUAAUGACUGCACUCAAUAAGGAGGUAAACAAUGGAGAGUUCGUGUUUAUUGGUGGAGAAAGUUGGGGGAAACGUCCACAGGCUCUGAUGAAUAACUUUAAAUUACGCGGCAGUUUAACCAUUGGACAAGAUCUGCCACGGAACGUGGGUUUUGGAGAUCAUUAUCAUGAAAUAGAUUUACAGCAAACAGAAAACCUUUGGUUGCAGGGCUACUUAGAAGAACGUAGCAAGUGCUAUUACCCUUUGAGUUUUAAGAAGACCCACACAAAUCAAUGUAGCGCUUCAACGUUAAACGAGUACCGUUAUACAGACACAUGGGUACCGUUUGCCAUGAAUGGUGUAUAUGCCCUUAUCAUGGGAUUUAAUCAAAUUCUUGAAGACACUUGCUUCGGUUCUUUUCCAAAUUGCCCCGAUUAUUCUACAGCUAAACUAAUAGAAAAAGUUAAGAAUAUUCGCCUUGAUGUUUAUUACGAUGGCAGAGAUGUUCGUGUAUUCGACGACAACGGUGAAGGCAAUGUAGCAUACACUAUCUAUCAGAUUAUCAGAGAAGGAACUGCUCUCAGCUACAAAAAGAUUGGAACGUCUGAAAAUGGUCUACAGCUUGCGGUUUCAAACCUCGAUACGUCGUUUGAAGUGGACCUUUCAUCUAGUUGUCAAAACGAUGUGGAAUGCGGCAGAUGCUCCAAACAAUUCAAUGAAUCUGCUUCCAGCGGACGUGUGGACGGCGACACCCUGCCAUCUAUCAGCCUUGGUGUGAUUGUGGCUGUGCUCGUCAUCAUUGUCCUCGUACUCGUAAUUGUGUUGGUCAAGACCUGUCGGACAGCUGCUUCGAGGGGUGCAUCGGGGUCUGACCAAGAAGGUGUUUACCACGAACUUGAUCAUUCAUCUCCUAAGGCGUCACCAGACCACCGUACGAUGCAAGGGGAACAUUCAGUCCCAAAUCCUUACCUGACGGCCAUCCCAGGAACCCCUGAGCUCCCAGGCCGGUCGGUUCAUAGACCAGAUCGAGAAGAGGCUGGAAACUCUCCCGGGACAGCGAAUGACAACAAUGACAUUGACGAGGCAGGCACAACAUAGAGGUCGUUGUGAAAAAAACUGCGCAAUGCGUCCAUGCGGAUGUCAGUGAGCAGAACCCACGGUGCUAUUUUCCGUGCGCUACUCUCUGUACAUUUUCAUUCAAAAUCAUAGUAUAUAUAUCUUUAUCAGCUGUUUUUAAGGUUUGUGUGUUGGAUCUAAACACGUUUUACAGUGUGAUCCAUGAUGUGUCCGUAUUAAUAGCACAUAUGUCUAGAUAAUUAUCUAUACAAUAUUACAUACAUGCAUAUAUUCAUUCACUAUGCCGCUUUGAUAUGUACAAUAUGAGAUUAUUAUUAUUUGAUACGUAUUGCUAUGUCCAUGAUCGAGGAGUUGUAGCUGUAGUGAGACGAGUGAUGAUUUAUGGUAUGAGUUAUGACCACCUUUAGAAAUGUGUCAGGACAACUUACAUGUCUUGGUUUUGUUUACCUAUCGAAUCGUAGUUUGACUACCCAUGGCCAUUUAGAGGUAUGAGUUAUGACCACCUUUAGAAAUGUGUUAGGACAACUUACAUGUCUUGGUUUUGUUUACCUAUCGAAUCGUAGUUUGACUACCCAUGGCCAUUUAGAGGUAUGAGUUAUGACCACCUUUAGAAAUGUGUUAGGACAACUUACAUGUCUUGGUUUUGUUUACCUAUCGAAUCGUAGUUUGACUACCCAUGGCCAUUUAGAGGUAUGAGUUAUGACCACCUUUAGAAAUGUGUUAGGACAACUUACAUGUCUUGGUUUUGUUUACCUAUCGAAUCGUAGUUUGACUACCCAUGGCCAUUUAGAGGUAUGAGUUAUGACCACCUUUAGAAAUGUGUUAGGACAACUUACAUGUCUUGGUUUUGUUUACCUAUCGAAUCGUAGUUUGACUACCCAUGGCCAUUUAGAGGUAUGAGUUAUGACCACCUUUAGAAAUGUGUUAGGACAACUUACAUGUCUUGGUUUUGUUUACCUAUCGAAUCGUAGUUUGACUACCCAUGGCCAUUUAGAGGUAUGAGUUAUGACCACCUUUAGAAAUGUGUUAGGACAACUUACAUGUCUUGGUUUUGUUUACCUAUCGAAUCGUAGUUUGACUACCCAUGGCCAUUUAGAGGUAUGAGUUAUGACCACCUUUAGAAAUGUGUUAGGACAACUUACAUGUCUUGGUUUUGUUUACCUAUCGAAUCGUAGUUUGACUACCCAUGGCCAUUUAGAGGUAUGAGUUAUGACCACCUUUAGAAAUGUGUUAGGACCACUUAUAUGUUUGGGUUUUCUGACCACCUGUACAGAGAUUGGUUAUCACCUCAUAUUGGUUAGUCUUUGACUACAUACGGAGAUGGGUUAUGAUCACUUAUAGUAAUGUGUUACCUGUCGAAAUGAUUAGUGACCUCCCAUCGAUGACCACUUGUUAUUUACGGCGGUGUUAUGACACUUAUAGAGCAAUAUAGUCCUAGGCCAAAUGCAAGAAAUGUGCCUAUCUUUUAGGAUAUCAAUGAAGCAGUAACAGUGUUAUCCAGUAACUUGUAUGGCACCUUCCAUACUCCAGAAAUUUCUCUCAGUAUGGAACUAGCCACAGAAUGUAUCAGGUUACUAUAAGCAUACAAGGUGUUCCCAAUUGCUUGACCCACACAACCCCCAUGGCUCAGACACAGCAUCACAUGCAGACAAUGAGGAUAUAGGUUACUACGUAAGUGGUUCACUAAGUAGUUUAACAAGAUAACUAACAUUAAACAAUAACAGAUAGGAAAGAAAACAUUCUAUCUUAUCUUGAGAAAAAGCAAAGAAAUAACAAAGGGAUAUUUGUUCAUAUGUAAACAUUCUUUUGCCUAAUUGUACUUGAUGUCUAUAAAUCUCCUGGUCUCUUUUACCUCGCUUAUAAUUACAACCAAACUUUGAAACACCUUUUCGUCUACAUGCUCUCAUUGUUUAUUGUGCUAUUCACCAUGUAGGUACUUGGUAUGUGAUAAUAUAGAUAAGAUACGUUAAUAUUUAUUGCUGAAAACAUUCCAUUACGGAACAAAUACAGUAUUUAAAUGAAAAAAAACAUUAUGAUUUAUACAUACACAAUACAGACAUACAAACACGUAAACACAAAGGAAUCACAAGAAACACAAAGAAAAUAUUAGUAUUACAUGUUUGAAAUGUCAUUGGUUGAUUAUGAUCAAUGGGUAUUAAUUGCUUGAAUGUGUAGAUAUGUAUUUUAGAGGAUGUGGCGAAAUAAAUUAUUUUCAUUAUUGAGGA